ACUUCAUUGAGAUCUAAGAUCACUUGAAUACUUUAAAAAAAUUGCUCAUCCUUUAAAAAUAAAAAGUCAACAUUUAGAAGAAGGAGAAACUCAUUUCUCUCCACAGAGAAAAAAAAAAAUCCAUGGCUUCUACUUUGCGAUUCUCUGUCACCUUCCUCACCCUCCUCUUCUCUCUGUGGGUCGUGGAGGUACACACGUCAAGAAAGCUGAUAUCAAUCAAGGAAGAAGAAGAUCAAACUAUAAGUCAUUUGCUCAAAGAUGGUGAAUUCGAUGAUCCUUCAUUGUACAUGUUCUUCAGAAUCAAUGAUCUCAAAUAUGAUCUCAAAUCAGGAAGCAAAUUACCCAUUUUCUUCAACAAAGACGAUCCUCAAAAACUUCCUCCACUUAUCACAAGACAAGAAGCUGAUCUCAUCCCUUUCACUACUUCAAAGCUUGACUUCCUUCUCAGCCACUUCUCUAUCUCCAAAGACUCUCCUCAAGGGAAAGCCAUGAAGGAGACAUUGGAACGUUGUAAUUACAAACCUAUGGAAGGACAACUUAAGUUUUGUGGGACUUCUUUAGAGUCAAUGCUUGAUCUUGUGAAGGAAACAAUAGGGUCUAAUGCUGAUCUCAAGGUCAUGACGACUAAAGUAACGGUACCGACCCAAAACACAGUAAGCUACGCUUUGCAUAACUAUACAUUCGUGGAGGCUCCUAAGGAGCUUUUUGGGGUGAAGAUGUUGGGAUGUCACAGAAUGCCAUACCCUUAUGCUGUUUACUAUUGCCAUGGUCACAAAAGUGGAAGCAGAGUCUUUGAGGUUAAUCUUGUGUCAGACAAUGGGAGACAGCGAGUCGUUGGACCAGCUGUCUGCCACAUGGACACGUCUAUGUGGAACACUGAUCAUGUAGCUUUUAAGGUGUUGAAGAUCGAACCAGGAACCGCACCGGUUUGCCACUUCUUCCCUCUUGAUAACAUUGUGUGGUUGACAAAGUAGAUUAAGAAGCUUAGCUUUAUAUAUAAUGUGAGUCUGUGUCUUGGAAUAACUAUGGUUUGAAAGGGAGAAAAAGACACUCUUGUAUGCUUUGGUAUCGCCUCUUGUGUGUGACUUGCAGCUUCUAACUUGAAAAUACUACUACAAUGUAACAUAUAUCUCAUGUCCUGAUAUAAUACUAUAAGUAU